GCCGCGCAUGCCCACUGCCUCGGCCUGGUAGGGGAAGGCAGGCGGGGAAGGAUGCUGAGGCCGGCGCUGCGGCUGCCAAACGGGAGCGAGGGGACCUGCGGCGGGCAGCCGUGGGAGCAGCGCCGCGGUCAUGCCCAGCUCCCCGUCGGCGCCGCCCGGGCCGGACCCAGAGGAGCACUACGACUUCCUCUUCAAGCUGGUGCUGAUCGGCGAUGCCAGCGUGGGCAAGACGUGCCUGGUGCAGCGCUUCAAGACCGGGGCCUUCUCUGAGCGCCAGGGCAACACCAUCGGCGUGGACUUCACCAUGAAGAGCCUGGAGAUCCAGGGCAAGCGGGUCAAGUUACAGAUCUGGGACACGGCUGGUCAAGAAAGGUUUCGGACUAUAACCCAGAGUUACUAUCGAAGCGCCAAUGGAGCUAUUCUAGCCUAUGACAUUAGUAAGAGAGGCUCUUUCCAAUCCAUUCCUCGCUGGAUCGAGGAUGUGAGGAAAUAUGCAGGCUCCAAUAUAGUACAGUUGCUGAUCGGAAACAAGUCUGACCUAAGUGACCUUCGGGAGGUUCAGCUAGAAGAGGCUCAGAGUCUGGCGGAACAGUACGAUAUCAGCUGUGCCAUAGAGACUUCUGCAAAGGACUCCAAUAACGUGGAGGAAGCUUUUGUGAAGAUGGCCACAGAGCUAAUGAUGAGACAUGGAGGCCCCAUGUUCAGUGAGAAAAAUACUGACAGCAUCAAACUUGACAGCAAGGAUGUGGUAGAAGGGUGGGGCUGUAGCUGCUGAUCAUACAAUUUCUCUAAUUGUUACUGGAAUUUAGAGCAUACCUUCCCUUCUUCAUUCUGGGUCUCCUCUAUACAUAGACACUUUGCACAAACCUUUGUGUUUUGUAAGUUAAGGGAUUAACAUUUUCAGCAUGUUUUUAAUAUGAAGGAACUUUCUUGUGUAGAUCUGAAACUGGCAGUCGUUCCGUAGCAAUUUCUACUAGAUUUUUUUUUUUAGAGGAAUUAGUGCAAUUUGGCAGUAAGUUGCACAGAAUGAAGCUACUUCAUACAAAAUGGUCUGAGUGCAAAACUGCUAUUCUACCAUUCACUGACAUCUCCAUAAGGGAAUUUAUCAACUUGGAUGACAUUUAAUGCUUUUAUGGCCACAAGUUUUCAGACUGCCUGUUUAAACUCUUCACAUUCCAGGAAAAAAAAAUAAACUUACACAGGGUGACGUAAAUUUUGUAAUGAUGUUUUAAGUAUGAAAUGUUAGGUUUUCUGCAAAGGAUAUAGCAGCUGAACCUCCUAAAUUAUGAAAUUGUGUUUUUCUGGAUACUAAUGUUGCUGGUACAAGAUGUGUAAAAUAAGCAUUUUUCUCUCUCUUUUUUUUUUUAAAUAGAGAAAGCAGUAGGUAUAACACUGAGCAAUUGUAUAAUAUAUAGAGGUUUGGUUUGGUUUCGUUUCAUAUUCACCUCAGAAGACUUGAUCCUGAACACAUUUCAGUGGAUAAUAGUUCCACGGGUUUCAGUGAACUUUCUGGGAAGUAAAUGCCUUUGAAAAUGUAUAGGGCUUUAUUUUAAAUAGGCUGAAAAUUAUAAGUUAAGAUAGAUUUAAUAGUUUAUUUUGCACAAUUAAUAUAGAUUCCGUAGUUAAUAUUAUAGAUUGCUGAUUCUUGUCUUCAUUAAUUUCAAUAUGGUUAGCAUACUUCAGAGAAGCAGAUUAUUUGAAUACCUUUCCCUUCAAUCUUGGCUUCUUCUUGUUUCAUUACUAUUGAGCAUAUUAUAAAUUAUUCCAGCUAGAGGAUUUUUUUUUUCAUUUUUUGGUACUUUCAACAAUUACCGAGUUGGCUGUUUUUGAACUUUCUCUGGUCAGUGGUAUUAAGAAGUUGUUGAUUCAUAUAUGGUAAAUGUUGACUUAGGUGUAGGAGAUCAUUGGUCAUUUUCCUAAACCAGGGGUCUUCAAACUUGGCCCUUUUAUGACUUGUGGACUUCAACUUCCAGAAUUCCUCAGCCAGUGUGCCUGGCUAAGGAAUUCUGGGAGUUGAAGUCCACAAGUCAUAAAAGGGCCAAGUUUGCAGACCCCUGUCCUAAACUGAACGCUCAUGGUACGGAGCUCUAAAAAUCAUCAAACAGUUGCUUUGUAUUGUAAGACAAAAUGGCUCAGGAAUUCUCAUUAUAAGGCAUAUUUGCUAAUUUAUAAGAUACUUCUUUUAUAUCAUAGGCCCUGGGUUUCCUAUUGUUCCCUCCUUACCCAUUUCUUUUGCCCCUGAUUUCUUCCAUUAUGCUACAGCACAAUCUUCAAAUUAGCUUCACACUAUUUUUUUUUUUAGGACAAAUCAAUAGCAUAUAGAAAAAGUCUGCAAUCUAUUAGUCAGAAACUGCUGAAUUAUUUCUGCUUUGUUAAUUUAAGAUAAAUAUCCUUGUUUACAUUGGCCAGUGUAAGAUAUUAAUAACAAUUGCCUUUUUUUGAGCACCUUAAACUAAGAAAUGAAGAAUAAUUGUAAUGACUGCAAAUCUUCCAAGUCAAUUUUUCAGUGUCCAACAUUAUUUCUAAUGGGCCAUAUGCACCUGUCUGAGAAUCAAAAAUUUUGAAUGAAAUCCUUGCAGUCAAUUAUGUUAAAACGGGUUUGAUACAAUGGUACUAUUAUGGCAAUGAUUACCUCCCUGAGUAGCUAUAGGCUUUCUAACAAAUCUGACUUUUUUUUUAAAGAUUUCUUAUUUUUAAAAGAUCAAAUGUGAAACUAACAUAAUAUGCUCUCAAACUUGUGAAUAUGCCCAAUGCAUUUGUCUAAUCUAUUUUAGGAAAAUACUUAGCAUUUUAUGAUUGGAAACAAGUUUCAGUUUAGUUAGCAGAGAUUAGGAUAACACUAGUUUCGGAGAUUGUUUUUGUAGAAUGUCAGUAUGAAAAAGUUAAAACAUUUAAUCUGUUUUAAUUUUUCCAGUAUAAAGUGUCUGGCUGUGUAAUUUAGCUUACUACUCAAAUUUUGAUUCCAAUGAUUAUCCUGAUGAAUGUUUUAUUGUAAUUUCAGAAUAGUAGCUUUAAAGGUGAAUGUUUUGUAAGGUGUAGACAAGAAAGGGGCCUUAAAUUCAGUUAGAUGUAGUUUUGUAAUUAUGGUUCCAUAGAAAAGAGACAUGCCUGAGAGAUGCUGCUUCUAAAUUUUAUACCAGAUUUCUUCAGGUUUAUUGUAUUCAGCCUUUAAUUCCUAAGCAGUAACUAACAAUGUUUAUUAACAGAACAUUGGCAUUAAAUAGAAAUGGUUGAUUGUGUAUUGUGAAUCCAAUACUAUAAGCAUUACUUAUGAAACUGAAUAGAGGCUCAGGGUGAUUAAUUGAACCAAACAUAGAUCCUAAAUUCAUCUCUUCAUAUAGUAGCUUUUAUGUCAGGCAUCAUCAAGCCAUAGGCAAGUCCUUUUCAAAAUGCUGAGGUUUUGGCAAAAUCCUGCACAAGUUUUUUUUUAAUUGGGUUUCAGAGAUAACCUUUAGGAAUUUGAUGGGUGCUACCUUUUAAUCAUUUCUAUAUGAGAGAGGGCUUUUUAAGACUAGUCCCUGCCAUGUCUUACGCAUAUGUAGAAGGACAAAUUUGAUUUUUCAAGAGUUCUUUUGAUUUCCAUGAGCGUUAGAUGAGAGAGUAUACUCAACUCAGUAAAUAAAACAAAGUUCAAGACAAAAGAACUAUAUCAGCUCCAUUUCCAGUUGUUAAAACAUCAAAAAAUUGAAAUAAGUUUCUUUUAAAAUAAAAUGUGGCAUAAAAUUUGACGUCA